AUGGAUGAAAAAUAUCAAGAGAAUUGUACAACAUCGAUAUUAGAUCUUCCAACAGAAGUAUUAUUAAAAAUUUUUCAUAUGGUUGAUGUUGAAACAGCUCAUAAAUCGUUAUACAAUGUUUGUCAACGAUUUCGAAUUAUUUUAGACGAUCAAAUUUUUUGGAAACAAUAUUUUUAUAAUUUAUAUGGGAAAAAAUCCCAUAUGGUUUCUUAUGUUUCUGAUGAUGAAAUCGAUUGGCACAAUAUAUUAUACGAAUCAAAUCAUCGUGAAACACAAUGGACUAAUUAUUCGGACAAUUUUCGAUCGUUCUUACUACAUACAGUUCAUUAUGCACCAGUUGAUAGUAUACAUUUAAUGGAGAACGGUAGUUUAGUGGUAUCUGGAUCACGGGAUCGUGGUAUAGCAUUAUGUAAUUUAUCAUAUGCACGACGUGUACCAGAAGAUGCUCAUCUAAUUGAUUUAUCACAUGUGUUAUUAAAGCCUGAUGCACACGGUGGUUGGGUCUGGUCAAUAAAAUCCGUUGAUCGUGAUUUGUACACUGGAUCCUGGGAUAAUACAAUAAAAGUAUGGUCGUUGGAUAAUGGUUCUGUUCAACAGAAAUGCCAAUUUAAUGGACAGCAAGCAGUGCUUAGUUUAUCAGCUAAAGAAACUUUAUUGGCUGCUGGCUUAUGGGGUAAACAAAUUAAGCUGUUUGAUGUUCGAGUUGGUCUCGAGUGUAUACAUCAGUAUCAUAUUCAUAAUCGUGCUGUGUUAGACGUCAUAAUCUAUGGUAAUUAUAUAAUAUCGGCGAGUGAGGAUCGAACAGUUGGUAUCUAUGAUCAACGUGCUCAGAAAAAAAUCACCAAUAUUCCUAUACGGCCACCGACGAAAGUGAUUCAAGGAGAAACUAACAACAAUUCAAUGCCAUUAAAAAUUUGCUGUAAACCAAAUGUGAUUUAUGUGGGUGAUACGAAGGGUAUGAUGCAUGUGAUACAUCCAAAACUAUUUAAACAAAUGGCCAAAUUUGAGGUAACUAAUGAAAAAGUAACCGGUGUUGCGUAUGAAACUGGUAUGCUUGCCACAAUCAGUACUGAUAAUCGUAUACGUAUUAGUCGACCAGUAAAUCCUAUAUUACAUUAUGCUGAUUUCGAGAGUAACGUUUCAACACCUGUCUCACUUGAUUAUUAUAAUGACGUAAUGGCUGUUGGUGGAACCAAUUCCGUCCAAGUAUGGAUACCAAAGAAUAGUACAAUUCUACAUCCAACAAUUUAAACGCUUAAAAUACAGUGUGUGUUCUCAUACAUGAAUACAUACUGUACCUCAUUAAAAAUUACACACACACACACUUUAAUUUACAUUUUAAAAUUGAU